AAAUCUCCAGUUGAAACUAAAUAAAAAAAACUGUGUCCACCUGUUUAAGAUAUAAUGAUCAACCCUGCUAUCCCCAGGAGCAUAUACCAAUGACUGCUUAAAAUCCCAAGUGAAACGAUGUUACUCAUGCAAGGAAACACCACUUUAAAGGUUUAUCCUUUUAAAAUUUCUAAAGCAACCAAGAGAGCGCGAGAAGUCGUAAUCACAAACAUAAAAGCUCCGACUUUUGAGAAAUCCGAAUCUGUAAGCGAACUACGAUUGAAAAUGGGACAUCAAACUGCCAGAUCUAGAAAAUGGACUGAAUUUGAGGUGGAAAUGCCUUGGGGACAUAUUUCUGGAAAGUGGUGGGGAUCGAAAAAUGUUCGGCCUAUUCUUGCACUUCACGGCUGGCAGGAUAAUGCUGGAACUUUCGACACUUUAAUACCGUUGUUACCCGCUAAUAUGAGCUUCCUUGCUAUCGAUUUCCCAGGCCACGGAUUAUCAUCUUAUUUUCCAGAAGGGAUGAUGUAUCACCAAAUUGAUUUCAUCAAUGUACUCUUGCUACUUAUGAAAAAAAUGAAAUGGGAGAAAGUCUCUAUCUUAGGUCAUUCGAUGGGUGGAGUUGUCGGCCUCUGGCUUGCGUCUAUGUUCCCAGAUAAAGUGGACUUACUUAUUUGUAUAGAUACAUUAAAACCACCGCAGUUGCGUAAGAAGACGUAUUGGAGCGAAUAUAGCAAGUUGAUAAAGAACACACUAUUAAAUGACGAACGAAAUCAAAGCAUUCGAGAACCACCAUCCUAUACUUACAAGGAGUGUGUAGAGCGAUUGGCGAAAGGUUCUAAUUCCAUUGACGAAGACAAAUGUUCCUAUAUCCUUGCGAGGAAUAUAAAAGAAUCAACUGAAAAACCUGGAAAAUUUUAUUUUGCACGAGAUGGCCGUCUUAAAUAUAUGAAUAAAGGCCUGUGGCCCCAAGAAUAUUAUGUAAAUUUAGCAUCUGGAAUAAAAAUACCACACUUGUUUAUCAACGCAUUGGACACACCUAUUAACGAGCCAUUGGAACAUUUCCAGGAGACCAUUUCAAUAUUGAAAAAGAAUCCUUUAUUCCAGUUCGAAGAAGUGCGCGGUAGGCAUCAUGUACACUUGAAUAACCCCGAAAAUGUCAGCGGUAUCAUUAGUCAAUUUUUGAAUACGCACAAAUCAUCGUCGCAACAGAAGUCGAAACUUUAAAUCAUUUUUAUUUCUUCAAUAAUAUUUUCUGCGGUUUAUGUCUUCGCAAGGAGAGGCUUCCUUAAUUUAAAAUCCUUUACUCGACCUUGGUUUUUCCCGGAACUACAAACGGGUCGAAUAAUUAUGGUGCAUUUCAGAAGUUAAUUAAAUAAAAUUUAAUUUUUGCAAUACGAAA